GAGUUCAUUGAUGGCCUUCGAGAAAAUUUGAAACGUCGACAUCAACUAGGUUUACAUAAUCCGUUCGUCUACUGGGAUUGCUCAAGAAUAUACUGUCCGUUAAAAUGUCUUCAACUAUGCUUCUGGCUUCUAGGCGUUUGACGCCGCUUUUCAGGACAUCUCAGAGCUUCCCUUUAUUACGGUACUAUUUAAAAACGGAUACUGGUGCAAAUCAAAAUCCUUCCGGAAGAAAAAUCAAGAAACUCAUGGUUGCUAAUCGAGGUGAAAUUGCAAUUCGUAUUUUCCGUGCAUGCACUGAAAUGAAUAUUCGAACAGUGGCUAUUUAUAGUGAACAAGAUAAAAUGCAAAUGCAUCGUCAAAAAGCUGAUGAAUCAUACUUGAUUGGGAAAAGUUUACCACCGGUGGCUGCUUAUCUUAAUAUUCCAGAAAUUAUACAACUAGCUCUAAAACAUGAUGUAGAAGCUAUUCAUCCUGGUUACGGAUUUCUUAGCGAACGAUCGGAAUUCGCACAAGCUUGCACUGAUGCUGGAAUUAUAUUUAUUGGACCACCGGCUAAAGUUGUAAAACGUAUGGGUGAUAAAGUCGAAGCUCGACAAGCUGCUAUUAAUGCAAAUGUUUCAGUUGUUCCUGGUAGUCCUGGACCGAUUACUUCUUCUGAAGAAGCUAUGGAAUUCUGUAAACAGUAUGGAUUACCAGUUAUACUCAAAGCAGCUUAUGGUGGCGGUGGUCGUGGUAUGCGUGUAGUUCGAAGACUUGAAGAUAUUAAACAAAAUUUUGAAUUAGCCUCAUCAGAAGCUCUAGCAGCUUUUGGAAAUGGUGCAAUGUUCAUUGAGAAAUUUAUUGAACGACCUAGACAUAUCGAAGUUCAGAUUUUAGGUGAUAAAUAUGGGAAUGUUGUACAUUUGUAUGAAAGAGAUUGUUCUGUUCAACGUAGACAUCAAAAAUUAGUCGAAAUUGCACCGGCGCCUAGUCUAGAUCCAACUAUUCGUAAAUCAUUAUUAAACGAUGCGGUACGAUUAGCUUCUUCUGUUGAUUAUGAAAAUGCUGGUACAGUUGAAUUUCUAUAUGAUCAAACAACUGGACAUUAUUAUUUCAUUGAAGUUAAUGCUCGUCUUCAAGUUGAACAUACUGUUACUGAAGAAAUUACAGGUGUAGAUCUUGUUCGAUCACAAAUUCGUCUAGCUGAAGGUCGUUCAUUAAGUGAUCUUAAUUUAUGUCAAGAUAAAAUUGAACCACAUGGUUUUGCAAUACAAUGUCGUAUUACUACUGAAGAUCCAGCAAAACAGUUUCAACCUGAUUCUGGACGUAUUGAAGUAUUUCAAAGCGGUGAAGGAAUGGGUAUUCGUGUAGAUUCAGCUUCAGCUUUUGCUGGUGCAAUUAUUUCUCCAUAUUAUGAUUCAUUAUUGGUUAAAAUAAUUGCACGGGCAAGUAAUUUUCGUUUAGCUGCCAAGAAAAUGCUACGUUCAUUGGCGGAAUUUCGUAUACAUGGUGUUAAAACAAACAUUCCAUUUCUUAUGAAUGUAAUUAAACAUGAACAAUUUUUAUCUGGCAUUGUCGAUACUAAUUUUAUUGAUGAACAUCCUGAUCUGUUUGAUUUACCUCCGGCUAAACAACGUGCCCAAAAAUUAUUACGUUAUAUCGGUAAUACAAUGGUUAAUGGGCCAUCUACUCUUUUGGCUACAAAAAUUCCACCAUCUGACAUUGAACCAAAGGUACCAACAAUUUCUUAUGCCAAUAGUAUUCCACGUGGUUGGCGUAAUAUACUACUAGAAAAAGGACCAGUUGAAUUUUGCAAAGCUAUCAGAUCACAUCCACAUCUUCUAAUUACUGAUACUACCAUGCGUGAUGCACAUCAAUCACUUUUAGCAACACGAGUACGUACUUUUGAUCUGCUACGUAUUGGACCAUAUUUGGCGUAUCAGAUGCCACAGUUAUUCAGUCUAGAAAAUUGGGGAGGUGCUACAUUCGAUGUCAGCAUGCGUUUCCUUCAUGAAUGUCCUUGGGAACGUUUAGAACAACUUCGCAACGUUAUUCCAAAUAUCCCAUUUCAAAUGCUUCUACGUGGUGCAAAUGCAGUUGGUUAUAAAAACUAUCCUGAUAAUAUAAUAUACAAAUUUUGUGAAGUUGCUGUAAAAAAUGGCAUCGAUAUAUUCCGUAUAUUUGAUAGUUUAAAUUAUUUGCCAAAUUUACUCAUGGGGAUGGAUGCUGUCGGCACAGCUGGUGGAGUUGUUGAAGGUUCCAUAUGUUAUUCCGGUGAUCUUUCAAAUCCUAAACUUGAUAAAUAUAAUUUAAAAUAUUAUAUGGAUUUAACUGAUCAGUUAGUCAAAGCUGGAACUCAUAUAUUAGGAAUUAAAGAUAUGGCAGGCUUACUAAAGCCAAAUGCUGCCCGUAUACUUCUGUCAGCCAUACGAGAUCGUUAUCCUGAUAUACCGAUUCAUUUACAUACACAUGAUACAGCUGGUGCUGGUGUAGCAUGUUUGUUGGCCGCUGCCGAAUCUGGUGUUGAUAUUGUCGAUGUUGCUGUGGAUAGUAUGUCUGGUUUAACUAGUCAACCAAGUAUGGGUGCUCUUGUCGCUUGUUUAAAACAUACUGACACUGACACUGGUUUAUCUAGCGAAGAUGUAUCAACUUAUUCAGCUUAUUGGGAACAAACGAGAAGUUUAUAUGCACCAUUUGAAUGUACCACGACUAUGCGUUCAGGUAAUGCUGAUGUAUAUGAAAAUCAAAUACCUGGUGGUCAAUAUACCAAUUUACAAUUUCAAUCUUAUUCACUUGGUUUGGGUGAUCAAUUUGAAAAUGUGAAACGUAAAUAUACUGAAGCUAAUCAACUUUUAGGUGAUAUAAUUAAGGUAACACCAUCAUCAAAAAUAGUGGGAGAUUUAGCUCAAUUUAUGGUCCAAAAUGGUUUAUCAGCUCAACAAGUAUUAGAUCGAGCUGAAGAAUUAUCUUUUCCAUCGUCAGUGAUUGAAUUUUUCAGCGGUGAAAUUGGUUUUCCUUAUGGUGGAUUUCCUGAGCCACUUAGAACAAAGAUUAUGCGAGGUCAAAAAGCUAAAACAGAGCGUGUUGGUUCACAUAUCGAACCGUUUGAUUUUGAUAAAUUAGCUAAACAAUUAAAAGAAAAAUUCAAAAGGGAUUUUGAUGAACGCGAUCUACUGUCAGCAGCUCUAUAUCCUAAGGUAAUAAUGUAUUUAUUUAUUUCUAUUUAUUGUAUUGCAAUAUUCCCCCAUUGUAAGCCUCCAGUGGAUCAAUUAACUGUCGCUGUGCGCUUUACCACUCCUUGACUAUUACUACUUAAUCAUGUAUUGUUUGCUCUGCUCUCUGCCACUUAUGACAUGAUAGUGAUUAAAGUACUAUUUUUCAUUUGGUAUGCGGUUCAGUCUGAUAAUUCGUGUAUGUAAGAUAACGGACGUUUGGAAUAGUUGUUGACUGAUCUGCUAGCUGCAAACUUCUUUUCGGACUCAACUAAGGAUAGAGGGAAACUUGUGGAGAGAGGAGCAAUAGGAGUGUAGUAUAUGUGUUUGCUCAAGGUUAACUGUACAGAUCAGAACGUAUAAUUAGUCAGUUCUUGGACGCUACAUUUAGAAUGAACAGUUGACGCAGGAUACAGAAUAAUAUAAUCGAAAUUCCGAAUGGUGAGUUUGGCACGUGAUAUUGAUUAGCAUCUUAAGCCAUAACAAAAGACAUCAACUCAUUGUUGGGAACUGAAUAAUAAGGAGGAUUAACCUAACUGCACGCUAUCAGUUAUAUUAUUAUUUUCGUUAGCUCAUUUGUUGGAUGUAUUCAUCACAGACUGAUAUCACUUGAAGUAACAAUGAAGACCACACUAGUCUGCGACCCCUCAGCAAUGUGCACCCAUGCAUUCGCCACUGAUCGAACACAGGACUUUGGUGUAUCAUGGCGAAUACUUACCUACUAAAACCACUUGGUCGGCGUUCAGUGGUCCAACUCCAAUUUCAACCAGUUUUCGGCAUAGCGCGGUGACCUAGUAAAAAUUUUGGUGACAACAUUCUCAAUUCCACUGAAACCCAGGGAUUACCUCUCGAAAUUAUUCAUUACUAAGUAUAUAGUGCUUCUUAUUACGGAGCCUUGUUUUUUAUUUUUAACUUGUGGAAAGAAAUAUUCUCAAUUGAAUCAACUUGUACCCUGGGUCAUUUUGGUGUAAAUUGAUUUUUCCUGUGCUUGCACACUAAUUCUUGGUUAUAUUUUUAAUAUUUAGUAGAAUUUCUUAAAUUCGACUGUGAAACUCUCUGGCAGACCAUAAUUUUAAUACAUUCUGAGAUAAUUUGAUAUAAUUAUUUUCAUUCUGUAACUUCAGCCAACUGAUAAUUUGAGGCAAUCUCUCAAAUAUUAUUUAGAGAAUUUUUUAACCAGCCAUCAACAGUUUGUUGGUGACAACUAAUAUUGAAUCACUUUUUCAACACAAAAGUAAAAAUAUUUAGAAUUUUGAUUGGUUUAAAUAUAGUUUUAUGUGCUACGAAUUGAAAACCGUCAAAGAAUCACUAAAGAAAACUAAAGAUCAUUGAACGCUCGCUUCAUCCUAGCAUGAAACUUUAACAGUGUACACCAACCAAUGUACACUAUGUCUAUAGUACUCUAAAAGUAGAUAUUGCAGUUAACUAGUUUUUCAGGUACAGAUUCGUGUCACUUGGCUUUAAGUUAUAUUCGAAAUAUAAGUGCUAGUGAUACUAUAUAGUUCCCUAAACCAAAGCAAGUCGAUCGUGGUUUGAACAAGUAACUACUGGGUCGUUACUACUCCUGGAAUUAUAAUCUUAUAUUUUCUCUCUAAACUUUGAAAUAAUUUUUUAGCCUGAUUUUUAAUCCUUUUUAAUGAAUAUUAUUCCUUUUUAAAAUACACAUUGAUAAAUUAAUUAUAACAGGUAUUUGAUGAAUUUGAAGAGUUCCGUAAAGUCUAUGGUCCUGUAGAUCGUCUACCAACUCGUAUGUUCUUUGUAGGACCUAAGAUUGCUGAAGAAUUUCCAGUUGACUUGGAGACCGGUAAAAUGUUACACAUUAAAACAUUGGCUGUCGGUGAAUUAACCAAAUCUGGAGAACGUGAAGUUUUCUUCGAAAUGAAUGGCCAACUUAGAUCAAUUUUGAUUAAUGAUAAAGAAGCUACAAAGGUGAGUUUGAAGAUAUGCUUCUCUAAUUUCUCUUUUUACUGAUACCUCCAAAUUAAUCUACCAAGUACGAAACAUGACAUUGCCCGGUACUCAGGGAUCAGUCGAUGUAUUUAUCUUGGUUACAAAAGAUAUCUGUUCACAAUUGAAUGAUCACUGGGUGGUGAUCAAUGUUGUAUUUCUCAGGUCCUUGUUAGUGCAGAUCGAACCCUUUCGACCAAGUUGCAAUGUGGCUACUAGUCUAGAUGACUCGAAAUUAAGUGCACCAUGUUGAGAUAAUAUGGUGGUUGGAGGUAGUCUGCAUGAGGAUAGUCCUGGUAAAUUUAAGAUUAUUUUUCUACUGUACGAAAUAACACAAAUCUAGGAGAUAUAGAAAACAAAACGAGUUAUGAAACCUGUUAAACGUAUAUGCAUGAGAAACAUUCAGGGUGGGAAGUAUAUAAACUUUCAUAGCUUUUGUCCUAUAUCCUGUAAAUAUGCCUUGAACAAAGAGUUAUGUUUACCAGGUAAGAAUUGGGGAGCGGUAACAGACAGUUGUCUUCCCAAAAAUAGCGAAGCUCAGUUGUUCGCGAAGGAAUGUAAUAAUGGAUGUCUUAAUAAUAAAGUUUAUGUAGAUACUUUUAUAAAUUCUUUUUGUUUGGGUAAUUAUAAGUUUGCCAACACAGUUAUAUAAUGCCAAAAUAACAGAUCGUCUACACAUUCCUUAAUACCUCAACCAUGAUUCCGAGAUCUAACGGACUUCAUGUUUUUUUCCCAUCCUCAUAGCCGUUACUUUCACGCUGUCAUUUAUUCGUACUCAAGAGAACUUGCUGGUAGCGAGAUGCCAGCUAAGUUCAUAUUGUAUGCUCUACCUGUUUGACGCCAAGAUGUCCAUCUUGACCUGACGAUAUGAGUUAUUUAUGCUUCGAAUUUUAUCAAGCUUUACACAUUACGAUUUAGAUUCCUUUCACAGAGAAUCCUACUGAAACUCACUUCAUUCAUCAGACUUCAGAUGAUUUUCUUGUGCUUUACAUCGAAAACUAUAGUUAUAUAGCCGUUGAAAACUAGGAAUAAAUAAACGGUCACUCCGUUCUAGCAUGGGAGCUUCUCAGUAGCUGUGCUUACCUACGACCUUACUGGAGACCGAGUCCAUGACCGUGGGGUAUCUUGAAGAGCAGUUAACCCUUAGACCACUGAGUUGAUAUCCAAAUUCAGGAUAUUCUUUACACAUUAUUUGUCUACAAAUGCCAUUCUCUCCCAUACAAACUCCUUUCAUCUUAUUUAUUUUUUGUUCCUAGUCGAUAUCGUUUCAUCCGAAAGCUUUGAAAGGUGUCAAAGGCUCCGUUGGUUCACCGAUGCCUGGUGAAUUAGUAACAAUCAAUGUGAAAGAGGGAGAUGUCGUAGAAAAAGGUCAAAAAUUGGCUACAUUGUCAGCGAUGAAAAUGGAGAUGAGCAUAACAGCACCCAUUUCAGGUUGUAUUAAAAAAAUUCACGUUUCCAGUGGAAUGAAAGUAUCUGGUGAUGAUUUAUUAUUCGAUAUAGAAUAAAACUAUUCAUUUAUUUCAUUAUACUACCUAUAUUUAGCCUUAAUUUAUGAUCUUAUAUUUCUAUAUUAUUGUGUGAUAAUCACCAAGUAGCAAUAUUUAUAUUUUACUUUGAUUCCGUUGUAACAAAAGCAACAGCUCUAAAAAGACUAUUUCCUUCGUAUUAUACACAUGAAGAUAGCUGUACAUCGAACUACUUUGAAAAAUAUUCCUUGGUAACUGUAUGUGUAUGUUUGUUGUUCUGUGGUUAUCUUCACUUGCAUUAUUAGAAAUACAAACAAAUCUUUCUUUGUC